CCGACCUUCAAGCUUGUCCUCGUCGGUGACGGUGGUACUGGAAAGGCAAGUUCAACCUCGAUGAAUCCUCUUACCACCUUCGUCAAGCGCCACUUGACUGGCGAGUUCGAGAAGAAGUACAUUGCGACCCUUGGUGUCGAAGUGCACCCUCUCGCUUUCCACACCAACCUGGGUAACAUCCAGUUCGACGUGUGGGACACUGCUGGUCAGGAGAAGUUCGGUGGUCUUCGCGAUGGAUACUACAUCAACGGACAGUGCGGUAUCAUCAUGUUCGAUGUGACCUCCCGUAUCACCUACAAGAACGUCCCCAACUGGCACCGUGAUCUCGUCCGUGUCUGCGAGGGUAUCCCCAUCGUGCUGUGCGGUAACAAGGUCGAUGUCAAGGAGCGUAAGGUCAAGGCCAAGACCAUCACCUUCCACCGCAAGAAGAACCUCCAGUACUACGACAUCUCCGCCAAGUCUAACUACAACUUCGAGAAGCCUUUCCUCUGGCUCGCUCGCAAGCUGGUCGGCAACCCCCAGCUGGAAUUCGUUGCUGCCCCCGCCCUUGCUCCCCCCGAGGUCGCUGUCAACAAGGAGCUCAUGGAACAGUACGAGCAGGAGAUGCAGGCCGCCACCCAGAUGCCCCUGCCCGACGAGGAGGACCCCGAUUUGUAAACGCAUGGUCAAUGAAGGCUGGGGCUGGGGCUUCGGCCACGGGCUCGUGGCAGUCGCUCUGUCCCGAUAACUGGUUCCUUUGAAACGAUGACACUGUUUACCGCCCAUCAACUAUCACGCGAUAGCUGCUGGAAAAGUUCCAAGGUUUUUUUUUCUAUCACUCAAUACCUACAAACCGUUCCAAGAGAAGGACAAACACCCAAAUACCC